AUGGUCCACUUCGCCAAUCUAUCCACACUCUUCCUCCCCUUCGUGGCCGUUAGCCUGCUGCUGAGCCAAGUUGGCGCCGAGGCCACCCAGCACUUCUCCUUCGCAAGAUGGGUAGACGAUAUCAGCGCCAACCCUGACACCGCUCUCUCCCCCGAGCAAGCAUGGCAGGCGUACCUCGAUUCAGCAGCGGGCAAGGACAGCGGUACUUCGCCUGCUCCUGGGCCGGAAAAGCGUUGGGAUAGCCAGGUGACGUGUAGAGAUAAGAACAGAGGGAAGGAGGCCGAGGCUGUUUAUUGUAUCAAGAUCUUGCAUGCUACGGUCAACUAUAUCCGUGCCAUACGUCUCCCGGCGAAUAAUAUGAUUAUCGCUCCGUACAUUACGGCCGGAACAGACUUGGGUGAGGAUGAGACGAAGUUGCCUACUUGUGAGAGUGUCGCCCAGACCGUUGGUGUCAUCUUGGACACAUGCACACGUGAAUCUGACAAAACGGUUUCGGGAUGGCGAGAAAAGGAGCUGACUGGUCUUAAGGUAGGGGUCAGCGUUAUCGCAGCCCAAACGUUCAUGAUUGAAUGA